CCCUGCCUAGGCACACACUCCUCGCGAGUGAUGGCGUGUGGCUAACCAGGCAAACAGACUGCUGCGUCCCUCGAUUCAUCUUCAUCUUCCGCACUUCACUUCUCAUCCAUGUUUUCUUAGAAAUUCCAUUCCACACUCAGCAUGCCACCCGGACGGAGCGUCGAGAAGAGCCCCGCAUCGCCGGCGGCAGCAGCUCAACCAGCUACCCCACCAAGCUCCUGGAGAGCUCUUGUUUGCUUAGUCGCCCUCGGUCUGUCCCUUUUGGCUGUCUACGGACUUCACACGCCUAUCCGGAGUUCCUAUGAAGCCGGGAAAUGGUUCCCCGGAAACCCCAGCAACUUCGCCGGCGCCGGCGUUGACAAACACAAUGACUUGUACCUUGUCGGCGCCGGCCGCGCCGACAUCACUGGCCCCGUCGUAGAAAUCAACAUGAUGGGUUACGCAGACCCCAAACAGCUUGGCACCGGCCUCCGACAAAGACUGUACGCCCGCGCCUUUAUUGUUGGAAGUAUGAACCGGCGCGAGGACAGGUUCAUCUAUGUUGUACUGGACACACAGUCGGGAGACACGGCUGUUCGGUAUGGCGUCCUUCACGGGCUCGCUGAGCUGGGUUACGGAUACUCCAUGUACGGGCACCACAACUUGGCUUUGACCGGGACGCACUCUCACUCCGGUCCGGGUGCCUGGCUGAACUAUCUGCUGCCCCAGAUCACAAGCAAGGGCUUCGACAAGCAGAGCUACCGAGCCAUCGUCGACGGCACGCUACUGGCAAUACGUCGUGCUCAUGAGAGCCUGGAGCCGGGGCACAUUAGUAUCGGGACAACCAAAGUCACCGACGCCAACAUCAACCGCAGCUUGUAUGCUUACAUGGCGAAUCCCGAAGAAGAGCGCGCCAGGUACAACAUCAGCGCCGAGGAGGAUGGGUCUGUUGAGAAAGACAUGACCCUGCUGAAGUUUCAACGAGCCUCUGACGGCAAAAGUAUCGGUGUGCUGACAUGGUUCCCAACCCACGGCACCUCCAUGCUCGGAAACAACACAGUCAUAUCGGGAGAUAACAAGGGCGUAGCGGCCUGGCUUUUCGAGAAGAACAUGCGAGGGAAGCCUAAUGCAGCCAAUGACUUCGUUGCUGGCUUCUCCCAGGCAAACAUGGGCGAUGUCAGUCCUAACGUGCUGGGCGCAUUCUGCGAGGAUGGUUCUGGUGACCCAUGCGACUUCAAAACGAGCACUUGCAGCGACGGAAAGAGUCAGAAGUGCCAUGCCAGAGGCCCAUUCUUCCGCAAGAAGGACAACGGAGCUGCCUCCUGCUUUGAGAUAGGCAAGAGGCAGUAUGCCGCCGCCAAGAGGCUAUUUGACGACAUGGGAUCCAACGCUCAGCGAGUUCGCGGUUCGUGGAUCAGGUCGUUCCAUACCUUCCACAACAUGUCGGAGUUCCAGUUCGAGCUACCCAACGGGACAGAAGUGAGAACCUGCCCCGCGGCAUUGGGCUACUCGUUCGCAGCGGGGACAUCCGAUGGCCCUGGUGCGUUCGACUUUGCUCAACACGACUCAAACUCGUCAAAUACAUCCCCCCUGUGGAAAGUUGUUGGCGGGCUGUUAAAGGCACCCACACAGAGUCAGAUCGCAUGUCAUUCCCCUAAACCGAUCCUGCUGGAUGUCGGCGAAGUCUUCAACCCGUACCAGUGGACGCCCAACGUUGUGGACAUCCAGGCAUUUCGAGUUGGGCAGUUGGUCAUAAUCGUCAGCCCGGGAGAGGCUUCUACCAUGGCAGGACGACGAUGGAAGGAUGCCGUCAGAAACAAGGCCGAGUCUUUGUUUGCAGAGGACGCCGAGGUCAAACCUGUGGUAGUGAUCGGGGGACCAGCCAACAGUUAUACGCACUACAUCACGACGCAACAGGAAUACGGAAUACAACGAUACGAAGGGGCCUCGACUCUAUACGGACCCUUUACGUUGGAUGCGUACAUUAACCGAACUCUCGAGUACCUGCCUACCCUCGGUGCUUCAUUCACAAAUGGUCCCCCUUCUCAUGCCGGAGGACCGUAUCCACCCGACAACAGCAAUCGAUCCUUGAGUUUCAUCACCGGCGUGGUGCGUGAUGGAACGCCCGUGUUCCGCAAAUUCGGCGACGUCAAGACGGACGUGGAAAAGAGGUACGCCAUCGGCGACGUUGUACGAGCCACGUUCGUCGGGGCCAAUCCUCGGAACAACCUGCGCCUGGAGCAAAACUACGCCGUCGUGGAGAAGCUGGUGAUCGACAGGGGCGCCAUCAAGAAGUGGGAUAUCGUGCGGGACGACAAUGACUGGAGCCUGGUCUUCAAUUGGAAGCGGACGAGCGACAUACUCGCCACGAGCGAGGUCGAGAUCGUAUGGGAGACGGAGAACGACGGGGAGCCGGGAACGUACCGGUUUCGUUACUACGGAGACUCCAAGUCGCUGAGUGGCAAGAUUAGUAGCUUUGAGGGCGUCAGUGGGCAAUUCAAACUGCGCUAAGCCCAGUUUGCGUGGCUCAUAUUCGGGCUCCAGGUGUUCAACAGAAGCACGAACGGUCACUGGUGCUUCGGCGCCGUGACUGCCAGCAGACGACCCAUAGAGUUGAAUUUGUAGAGAUCACCUAGCACGUCUAGAGCAACGGGAAUGAGAAGAAAGAGUACCAGAUCGACUACUCUAUAGCAUUACGGUGUUACAAAUGGGUCGUGACUACUCGAAGAGUUGAGCUAGGCAACUCUGAGUCUUACAGGUUGUCACGGCUAUGUUGCGAAUCUGCUUCUGAAUUCUGCGUGUCCCCGGCAGCGUAACAAACGAUUGCCUUGCUAAUAGUUCUGGACCUUCUCCUCUCGUCUGUUCUCUGUUUCUGCCUGUUCAAAUCUCUCUCUCUCUCUCUCUCUCGCGUGUAGUGAUGGAUUGCUCCAUCUGAUUGCAGCAACCCCUCUAUCCCCCUCGCUGCCGAGAGAAAGUUUGCUUGUCCCGACACCACCUCAGGGUGCAAGUCUGUGGCUGCCGCUGUCUCGACGCAACGUCGUCCCUCAGCCAGACGACCCGGCGCUAUUCAUUAUCGUGUCGAUAUCCGACGGAAUGCUGCCGUUGCACCAAGAGCCGUCGUUCCGGACACCAACAGGCCUUU